GUAACUGUUCCAAGAGAAGCCUUUGAAAUGUUAAAUAUUUCCUGACUUUAUUGUUGCUCAUACCCGCAACUGCAAACUUGAGAUAAUGGCCUCCCCUAAAAAGAGCUGUGACGAUGAAAAUGAGGGAGAAAAGGUCAUAAAGCAAUCUUUUACACCAAAAUGGAGUAUCGAUGCUAAAAAUGGAGUACACUUGUGGUGCCGAUCUCAAGCUUCAGGAGAUCAGUGUUACGUUUCUAGUGAUAUUUGUGUAGGGUCUAGAACAUUUUUGUGCUGCCCGGGGGCCCUGUAUGCUAUUAAGACGGCCCUGUCGGCGUUCAAUGGAUUAAAGGAUCGAGGAUCUAGAAUUAAAUGCUCCUCUUGUAAGAUAAUUGUUCACGAAGAUUGUAAGAGUAUACUAACUGAUAAGAUCAAAGUUUGCUGCCGUUCAACUUUCCAAGAUGUUGAAAUCGGCUCUUACCGUGACAAUACAGCUAUUAAUCAUCAUUGGAUUGCCAGACGAACUCUUAAAGGUCGAUGUAGAACAUGCUCUAAAACAUUUGGAGGAAAAGUUUGCAGCCUGCUUAAUGAAACCGUGGCAAUGAGUUGCUCAUGGUGCAAGGAAGUUUGCCACAAUAAAGAAUCAUGUUUUAACAUGAAGAAAAUGAGUAGUGAAAACUGCAAUUUAGGAGAUCAUGCCAACUUAAUUGUUCCCCCAACGUGGAUUGUAAAGUUACCAGAGAAAGAAACAGAAAAUUCGAAGCACGUAUUUGCCAUCAAACCCAUACCAUCAUCCACAUCUAAACCUCUACUUGUUUUUAUCAAUCCUAAAAGUGGAGGUAAUCAAGGCUCAAAACUUCUUCGAACAUUUCAGUGGCUUCUGAAUCCUCGACAAGUAUUCGAUUUGACAGAAGGUGGUCCAGGAAUGGGAUUGGAUCUGUAUAAACGUGUUCCAAAUCUUAGAAUCUUGGCUUGUGGAGGAGAUGGAACAGUUGGUUGGAUACUUUCUGUCUUAGAUGAUCUGAAGGUUACCACGUCACCACCAAUAGCCGUGCUGCCUUUAGGAACUGGGAAUGAUUUGGCAAGAUCUCUUGGCUGGGGUGGGGGCUAUACUGAUGAACCUCUGACCAAGAUUCUUUCAAACAUUGAAGAUGGAGAAAUCGUAAAACUAGACAGGUGGAUGUUGAAUGUCAUUCCAAAUCCCAACGCUGACACAAGCAAUCAGGAGGAGGGGCGAAAGAAUUUACCACUCAAUGUUGUCAACAACUACUUCUCUCUUGGAGUAGAUGCUAGAAUCGCCUUAGAGUUUCACGAAGCCAGAGAGGCGAGACCGGGUAAGUUCAAUAGCAGGUUUCGGAACAAAAUGUUUUAUGGGCAAGCUGGUGGAAAAGAUUUAAUACAAAGAAAAUGGAAAGAUCUCUGCAAUUAUAUUUCUUUGGAAUGUGAUGGACAAGACAUGACACAUAAGCUGAGAGAAUUAAAGGUUCAUUCCAUAUUAUUUCUAAACAUUUCAAGUUAUGGAGGUGGUACAAAACCAUGGGGGACAUCUGGAUCAAACAAUUUUCAAUCACCAAGAACUGAUGAUGGCAUGAUUGAAGUCAUCGGUUUAACCACAUACCAAUUGCCUUUGCUACAAGCUGGUGGUCAUGGUUCAGCCAUAGCUCAAUGCAAGAGAGCUAAACUAGUCACAUCAUGCACCAUUCCUGUCCAAGUAGACGGAGAACCAUGUCGUCUUGCACCAUCCAUAAUUGAUAUAGAGCUUUUAAACACUGUAAAUAUGAUUGCUAAAACAAAGAGUCAUGGGACAUCAGCAAAAAAAGAGAAUGUCGAAAAAGUUAGUCUUCCAUUGAAAUUACUGUCAUUGCAAAAAUAUGAAGAAGAACACCCCCAUGGUACUCGUCANCCGGACAUCAUGAUAAAAUUUUAUGGAGGUGGUACAAAACCAUGGGGGACAUCUGGAUCAAACAAUUUUCAAUCACCAAGAACUGAUGAUGGCAUGAUUGAAGUCAUCGGUUUAACCACAUACCAAUUGCCUUUGCUACAAGCUGGUGGUCAUGGCUCAGCCAUAGCUCAAUGCAAGAGAGCUAAACUAGUCACAUCAUGCACCAUUCCUGUCCAAGUAGACGGAGAACCAUGUCGUCUUGCACCGUCCAUAAUUGAUAUAGAGCUUUUAAACACUGUAAAUAUGAUUGCUAAAACAAAGAGUCAUGGGACAUCAGCAAAAAAAGAGAACGUCGAAAAAGUUAGUCUUCCAUUGAAAUUACUGUCAUUGCAAAAAUAUGAAGAAGAACACCAUCGGAAGGCUAAUUUAGUUGAAGAUGCUUUUCCUUUGGGUGAUGUUAGCGUUAGUCAUAACACUGACUUAUCAGAAAUUCGAUCACAAAUUAACGAGCUAUUGAAGGAAAGAGACAAAAAAUUUGAGGAGCAGGAAAGAGAACAAGGAAAUAACCAACCGAAGAAAAAAACUUCAAGCUGGUGGUUUCUGGAUUCAUGCAGCGGACAAAAAUUCUUUAGAAUAGAUGAAGCUCAGGAGCAUCUAUACUACGUGAAUGACAUAUGUGAUCAAGAACUUUUCAUCGCUGAACAGCGAGAGUUUCUGGCAGAGGCAGCAAUUGACGAAGCUCCAGUUAAAGUCGAGAACGACCCUGAUGGUGAUGACGUAAGCAGAGCGUCUAGUUCUUCCUCCAGCGUAGGACAGCAAUCGCAAGGGAGCAGAGAUUUCGGGGGUAUAAUUGAAGAUGCUGCACAAGUUGAAGAAAAACCAGAUCCAGGAAUUGAUAUGAGCGAUAUGGAUAUAAUAGCAGCUGCAAAGAUGGGAUAUUUGGAUCAGGUUGCCAGAUUGCAUAAUGAAGGACAGAAUUUAAUGCUGAAAGAUCAUGAUGGUCGAACAGCUCUUCACCAUGCAGCCUUUAUAGGAAACGUAGAUGUCGUGAGAUACUUAGUGGCUUAUGCUCCAAUUUCAGUUUUGGAUGCGCAAGACGAUAUUAUGUUUCACACAGCUUUACACAGGGCAGCUUCAAGAAUGGAUAAAGUAAUCUGUUCGAUUUUAGUUAGUGGGGGAGCAUCAUUAGAUGUCAAGGAUAAACAGGGCAAUACCGCUGAAGAAAUAGCAGAAAUAAUGGGAGAUAAAGUUUUAGCCGAUUACUUAAAGAGUGUUGCAGAUCCAGUGAUUCUAUGAUAUGAAAAACUAUGCAAAGUUUCGACGCAUCGCAGAAUGCUCUUGUCUUUCCGACAUUCCAAUCAUUCAAUUAUAUUUUUGCAAACCAAUUUUCAGUGCAAAUUUUAAAAAACCCAAAUCAAUGUUUGCCUUUGGAAACGAUGCUCAAGUGGUCUUGAAGCAUUUCAGAAAAAGCAAUAACAAACUAUUUUAAUAAAACUAUUUUCUUUAACAGAACAAAUAUAUGUAGCAAAAUAGAUUAUUUAUUAACAUCGGAAUCUGUUCACUACAUCUGUAUUUUAAAGUAAAAUAUUUCAAAAUAAUGUCAAAUAAAAUUUUUGGACUACAAA